GAGUUGAUCUAAUUUUCAUUUCAACAGAGUCGAAGAACUCCAGAAUCUAAGAAUCCACUAGGCUGCGAACUGUGGGACUAUGAAAAAUUUGAAAUUCGGUACCCAAAAGACGAAAAGGAAUUAUUACAACACGAGGGAAAAAUGGAAGCCACGUGCUUUUGCAAUCAAACAGCAAUCUGUGCAACGCAGCCGGAGACUUUCGAAGUAAUGUUUACUUUCACUUGGUUUUUUUACCACUGUAACUAA